GCCCUGGGUCAGAGCAGCGUUGCAUAAGGCUCUGGGCCACGCUGCCUGCCGGACUAGGGCAAACAGCUGGACUUUGGAACUCCGCCCCCAGCCCCGCCCUCCCCGCGGGCCCCUCCUCUCCUCCCCAAGGUGGCUCCGGCUCCCAGAAAGUCGCAGCGGCGGCCGCGCGCGGUGCGGGACGGCCGGGAAGGAGGGCCGAGCUGCCUCCGGGGCCGCGGCGCCCGCCGAGGUGGCCUGCCGGCUGCGCUCCCACAGGUGCUGGUGCCCCGGGCCAUGCUGGAGCGCUGGGGCCACCGGCAGCAUGAAGGGCGGCGACCGCGAGUACACCCGAGGUCCCUCUUUGGGGUGGCUCUUUGCGAAGUGCUGCUGUUGCUUUCCGUGCAGAGAUGCGUACUCUCAUUCCUCAAGUGAAAAUGGAGGCAAGUCCGAGUCAGUGGCCAACCUGCAGGCCCAACCGUCCCUGAACUCCAUCCACAGCUCCCCGGGGCCCAAGCGGUCCACCAACACCCUGAAGAAGUGGCUGACGAGUCCCGUGCGCCGGCUUAACAGUGGGAAAGCAGAUGGAAACAUCAAGAAGCAGAAGAAAGUACGAGACGGUCGGAAGAGCUUCGACCUGGGGUCUCCCAAGCCUGGGGAUGAGACGACCCCCCAGGGAGACAGCGCUGACGAGAAGAGCAAGAAAGGUUGGGGUGAAGAUGAGGCAGACGAAGAGUCACACACACCCCUCCCCCCGCCUAUGAAGAUCUUUGACAACGACCCCACGCAGGACGAAAUGUCCUCCUCUUUGCUAGCAGCCCGGCAGGCUUCCACCGAAGUACCUACUGCUGCAGACCUUGUCAGUGCAAUAGAACAGUUGGUCAAAAGCAAGCUGAGUCUGGAAGGAGGCUCUUACCGAGGGAGCUUGAAAGACCCCACAGGCUGCCUGAAUGAAGGCAUGACCCCACCCACACCUCCCAGAAAUCUGGAAGAAGAACAGAAAGCCAAGGCUCUGAGAGGCAGGAUGUUUGUCCUGAAUGAGCUGGUACAGACAGAGAAAGACUAUGUCAAGGACCUGGGGAUUGUGGUGGAGGGUUUCAUGAAGAGAAUAGAAGAAAAGGGUGUCCCUGAGGACAUGCGAGGAAAGGAUAAAAUCGUGUUUGGAAAUAUUCACCAGAUUUAUGACUGGCAUAAGGAUGUUUUCCUGGGUGAACUGGAAAAAUGUAUCCAGGAGCAAGACAGAUUGGCACAGCUCUUUAUUAAAUAUGAGCGGAAGCUGCACGUCUACGUGUGGUACUGCCAGAACAAGCCGCGCUCUGAGUACAUCGUCGCCGAGUACGAUGCCUACUUUGAGGAGGUGAAACAAGAGAUAAAUCAAAGGCUGACACUUAGCGACUUCCUUAUCAAGCCCAUUCAGAGAAUAACAAAAUAUCAACUGCUCCUCAAGGACUUCCUGAGAUACAGCGAGAAGGCUGGCUUGGAGUGUUCAGAUAUUGAGAAAGCAGUGGAGUUAAUGUGCCUUGUUCCAAAACGCUGCAAUGACAUGAUGAACCUGGGACGCCUGCAGGGCUUUGAGGGGACCCUGACUGCUCAGGGCAAGCUGCUACAGCAGGACACAUUCUACGUGAUUGAGCUGGAUGCUGGCAUGCAGUCGCGGACCAAGGAGAGGCGUGUGUUCCUCUUUGAGCAAAUCGUCAUCUUCAGUGAACUGCUCAGGAAGGGAUCCCUCACCCCAGGCUACAUGUUCAAAAAGAGCAUCAAGAUGAACUACUUGGUCCUGGAGGAGAACGUGGACAGUGACCCCUGCAAGUUUGCGCUUCUGAACAGGGAGACUUCAGAGAGGGUCAUUCUGCAAGCCGCCAACGCUGACAUCCAGCAGGCCUGGGUGCAGGACAUCAACCAAGUCUUAGAAACACAGCGCGACUUCUUAAAUGCCCUCCAGUCGCCCAUUGAGUAUCAGCGGAAAGAAAGGAGCACAGCCGUGAUGAGGUCCCAGCCUGCUAGGGUUCCCCAAGCCAGCCCCAGACCCUACUCCUCCAUCCCCGUGGGCUCCGAGAAGCCCCAAAAGGGCUCCAGCUAUAACCCGCCUCUGCCACCCCUGAAGAUAUCUACCUCCAAUGGCAGUCCAGGGUUUGACUACCACCAGGCCGGGGACAAGUUUGAGGCCAGCAAGAGUGACUUGGGAGGCUGCAAUGGGGCCUCAUCCAUGGCCGUGAUCAAAGAUUAUUAUGCACUGAAGGAGAAUGAAAUCUGUGUGAGCCAAGGUGAGGUGGUCCAGGUCCUCGCCGUCAACCAGCAGAACAUGUGCCUGGUGUACCAGCCCGCCAGCGACCACUCCCCUGCCGCUGAGGGCUGGGUCCCUGGCAGCAUCCUGGCGCCCCUCACCAAAGCCAUGGCAGCCACAGAAAAUAGUGACGGGAGCAUCAAGAAGUCAUGUUCAUGGCAUACUCUACGCAUGAGAAAGCGGGCAGAAGUGGAGAACACGGGUAAAAAUGAAGCCACAGGGCCUCGUAAACCCAAGGAUAUUCUGGGCAACAAAGUCUCUGUUAAAGAGACGAACAGUUCCGAGGAGUCAGAGUGUGAUGAUCUUGACCCUAACACUAGCAUGGAGAUCUUAAAUCCAAAUUUCAUCCAAGAAGUGGCGCCAGAAUUCCUCGUGCCCUUAGUGGAUGUGACCUGCUUGCUUGGGGACACAGUGACUCUGCAGUGCAAAGUCUGUGGGCGGCCAAAGCCCACCAUCACUUGGAAGGGUCCAGACCAGAACAUCCUUGACACUGACAACAGCUCAGCUACAUACACCGUCUCCUCCUGUGAUUCUGGGGAAAUCACCCUGAAAAUCUGCAAUCUGAUGCCCCAAGACAGCGGUAUCUAUACCUGCAUAGCCGCAAACGACCACGGUACUGCGUCAACAUCUGCUACUGUUAAAGUGCAAGGUGUUCCAGCGGCCCCUAACCGCCCCAUUGCCCAAGAGAGAAGCUGCACUUCUGUGAUCCUCCGCUGGCUGCCCCCAUCCAGCACGGGAAACUGCACCAUUUCCGGUUACACCGUGGAGUACAGAGAGGAAGGUUCCCAGGCCUGGCAGCAGUCAGUAGCAUCGACCUUGGACACCUACCUUGUCAUUGAAGACCUCAGUCCUGGGAGUCCUUAUCAGUUCAGAGUCAGUGCCAGUAACCCCUGGGGGAUCAGCCUUCCCAGCGAGCCCUCAGAAUUCGUGCGACUUCCAGAGUACGACGCUGCUGCUGAUGGUGCCACCAUUUCUUGGAAGGAAAAUUUUGAUUCAGCUUAUACUGAGCUGAAUGAAAUUGGAAGAGGCCGGUUCUCCAUAGUAAAGAAGUGCAUUCACAAAGCUACUCGCAAAGAUGUCGCUGUGAAAUUUGUUAGCAAAAAAAUGAAGAAAAAGGAGCAGGCUGCCCACGAGGCUGCCCUGCUUCAGCACCUGCAGCACCCCCAGUACAUCACUCUCCAUGACACCUAUGAGUCCCCCACUUCCUACAUCCUCAUUUUGGAACUGAUGGACGAUGGCCGACUCUUGGACUACCUUAUGAAUCAUGAUGAGCUGAUGGAAGAAAAAGUAGCUUUCUACAUUCGAGACAUCAUGGAAGCCCUGCAGUACCUUCAUAACUGCAGAGUUGCACAUUUGGACAUAAAGCCUGAAAACCUGCUCAUUGACCUACGGAUUCCAGUGCCUCGAGUGAAGCUCAUUGACUUGGAGGACGCUGUCCAGAUCUCAGGUCACUUCCAUAUCCACCACCUGCUGGGGAACCCUGAGUUUGCUGCCCCAGAAGUGAUCCAGGGCAUCCCUGUGUCCCUGGGCACCGACAUCUGGAGCAUCGGGGUUUUGACAUACGUCAUGCUGAGUGGGGUCUCCCCCUUCUUGGAUGAGAGCAAGGAGGAGACGUGUAUCAAUGUAUGCAGGGUGGACUUCAGCUUCCCCCAUGAGUACUUCUGCGGUGUGAGCAAUGCUGCCAGAGAUUUCAUCAAUGUGAUCCUACAGGAAGACUUUCGGAGGCGGCCCACGGCAGCCACCUGCCUGCAGCAUCCGUGGCUGCAGCCCCACAAUGGCAGCUACUCCAAGAUCCCCUUGGACACCUCCCGCUUGGCGUGCUUCAUCGAGCGCCGCAAGCAUCAGAAUGAUGUGCGCCCCAUUCCCAACGUCAAGAGCUACAUUGUCAAUCGGCUAAACCAAGGCACGUAGCCAUCUCCCAGCCCUCGUGGUUUCACAUGGAAGUGCAGUGUGAACCAAAGCAAGACUGAAUGUGUCUGUAAAUAAUUCUGUCCAUCACUCACUCCAUGUGGUUCUCUGGAUUGAGAGAUGUACCUCUUAAACCUCCUCAUUGGUUUGGCAAGGUCUGAGCAGCAGUGAAAUCAUCCUAAAUCCAGGGACUUUCUAGAAGGUUGUUCAGAAGAGAUACAGAUGUACAGAGUCACGAAAGGUAUUCAGAAGAGAGGCAGAGAUAACAGGAAUAGCUGUUAUGAAAUUUUAACUGUGUUCCAAAAUGAGUGGUUAACUUGGCAAAACAUAAGAUCACUGAAGAAAGUAUCAAGGUUCCUGCCUUUGCUGAAAUUUUAAGCAAGAAGUUCUAUUUAACAGAGAUGUCAUGUAUGUCGACUGUACUGGUUUAGAUUACUUACAUAUAGUUUCUUAAUAGGAUACAUGUACACAUACAGUAAAAAUAUAUCGCAUUCAACUUCCAGAGUUUUAUAAUAUAGAGAUAUAUAUGAAAUCAACCUUAAGUAACUUUGAGUGCUCCAGUUAAGACAGUAAUUUAUGUACCGAAGCAUUACAUUGUUUUGACUAAGCACAAUUAGAUGACAGGUUUGGGUUUUUUUUUAGAACAUUUUAUAAAUCUUGUAUAGAACUCUUUUACCAGAACCUGUGCAUUAAGAGAAAGCAAUGUUACCCUUUUGCAAUCUGUGAGUGAGAAGAUUUUUCUCUCGGUCACAGGUAUUUGACUAACCUAGGUUCUGUUUAUGAAAUGCUAUCCCCAGAUUCACUGGCAGCUCAGAGUUCAUCUGGCAGGAAAGCCUGCCAGGGAAUAAGUCCAAAUACAGCAUGAGUUGUGGGGCUAUUUUUUAUGUCUACACUUCAUUUGAAAUAGGUAACGAAUAAAACAGGUUCAUGCAAAAGUGCAAACAGAAACCUUUCCUGCAGUUCCUGUGAACAACGUAACAACACUUUCUGAUGUCUUCUGCAGCUGUAGAAUGCAGUCCUCAGAAAGUUAGCCUGCUUUAUUUCUAACCCCUUGUAGAAAUGAAGGGGUGCUUACCAAAAGGAAGCAGCCAUAUAGGCCUUUCAAAGGCCUGGUCCCAAGUCCUUUUUGAAGCCAUGGAAUAAAAUCUGAUACGUCAUCCUAACAGAGCAUUGAGUUUUAACUGCACUUGCAAUAUCUAUCAUGCUCAGCCACCAAUAUUUCCCUGGACUAAAAGGACUAAUUGCAUUUUGAGGCCGACACUGCUUUCUGGUAUAUAUUCUCCACACAAGAUGGUUAUGAACUGCCUUUUUUUCCACUGGUGGAAAAAAAAAAAUUAAACCUGGGCAUUUCAUGGUCUCUUUCUUUCUUUCUUUUUCCUCGGUUUUUGGGAGAUUUGUUUUUGUGUUUUGUACAUGAGCCAUCCUUUUUUUCCUAGAAUGUGUUUUUUAAAUUACUCUUAUGCAAAUGCUAUUUUAAAAAAUAUAACUUAAGUGUUUGUUCAAAUCAGGUUUAAUGGCAUUGCUUCUCUCUUAUAAAAAGCCUGAAAAAAUUAAAAUCAUGCAGCACAGAAGUGCAAGCAGAGAGUUUAUGAAGGGUAAAUAGAACUAUAAACCUAUCUUAAUGAAGAAGAAUGAUGGAAACUAAGCCUGAACUUUAAUAUAUAAAAUACUUAUUCCUGCAGUGGAAAUGUAGAAUUAAAAAUACUCAUCAUUCUUUUCCAUUGACUUCAAAGUCAACUUCUUCGUCUGUGUUCCACCUCAUCCCAUCUAAGAUUAUAGACUAAUAAAUUAGUAAAAAGUACAAGCAAUAAGACUAGAUAGCACUUAUGUAUUUUCAGGAUUAACCAAAUAAGUGGAAACUGAUUCUGACUGUAUUUGUUUCCUAGUUUUCGAAUGGCCCUGGGCCACCAAGGCUACUUUCUCAGAGCUCUCUAACCCUUCAUAUUCUUCAUUUAAACCCAUAGUUCUAUACCAAUACUAUAUGAUACAAUAUUUUGAAAUUUAAAACAAGUUUACUAAAACCUCUUUUAGUAAACACGUCUUUGUUAUAAGACACAACAUAAAAGAAGAAAGCCUGGUCCCUUGGGCUCAUCAUGGGAUAAAUACAGGCACUGAGGAUUACGAAUAUCUGUACAGUAUGGCUUGGCAAGUUAUGUUCCGUCCACUGUGGACGAUAACUAAAAAGCCCCCUGCUGAAUCUUUAUGAGUUUUUAUGACCAUGUAGGAAACAAGCUGAGUUUUUGCUUGAGAAGGAUAAUGGUGUCCAGACUGCACAGGAGAGCAUUAAUGACACUGUGCUGUUGGGAGGGCAAGAGUGUUAGAGCCAAAGCAGUUAUAACAGCUUUCACAUCAGAGCUGGGAUGGGCCAAAUGGAAGGCAAGGAUGAUUCUGUUAACUGGAGCCAAAGUACAAUCAUUAGAAUAGAAUGAAUUUAAUAGAGGCCCCAAGAGAAAGGGUAUAUAUUUUAUAUGGUUUGAUAACUGAAGAAAGCUAACAGGGCGACAUCCUAUCUUCAAAGCUCCUGGUCCUUCCCAAUGAGAAUAAGUUGAUUGUGUUCCUGGUUUAGGAAUUCUCUUUAGCAAGUUGGAAAUAACAAGGAAUCCCAGAAGAUGGGGCUGGGAAAUAUUCUCUAGUUGCUCUGUGGGCAACUGUGGUGAGGGAUGAAGGAUUAGGAACCACUUUCUUGUACCUAUUUUGGCAGAGAGAUUUAUUACUUUGUGGUAGAGAAGAGGGGAGAGAUGAGAAAAUAGUCCCCUCUAAUUAUGGUAAUUUUUGCAAUCAAAACUUAACUAGGAAUCAGUAAGAAUGAACUUCCAGUUGAAAUGGGAAAAAUAAAUAUUGGUUAAAGUCACAAGUUUCUUGCUUGGCUUAUAUCCAUUGUAUAGGGUUUUGGGUUUUUUUUUUUUUUAUAAGGAUGGGAUGCAGAAAGAAGGAAAAGAUCAGGGACAACCCACAAUAAGUUUUUAAAGGUAUACAUAGUAAUUUACUACACCUUUUACAUUGGUUUCAAAUUAAACAGAUUUAUAUCCACGUACAGCUGAAUGUGAGAAAAUGUUUAAGAAAAAAAAUUGUAACGUUGGAGGUGUCCUUCAGGUCUCUCACAGCCAUAAACACUCUUGGGGGGGACAGAGGAAGCAGAGGAAAAGCUGGCUGCACCGCUUUGUGGUUCACAAGUCUUUAUAAAUAGUAGUGCCUUUCAGAGGGGAGGAUGGGAGAUAAAGAAGUUCAUUGUAUUUAGACUGACUGAUAUUGCAGCAUUUUUCCUUUAAAAUAUCUUUUAAAUGAAACCAUCUGAACAUAGGGUGAGCCCAGGAAUUCUUGAGUUUCAACCUCAGCUGUUCCUGAUUCGUCCUUUCUUACAGAAAGUCUUUGUUUUUUUUCUGCCCCAAAUAUCCCCAUUGUGAAAAUGGGAGUUGGGGGAAGGAGGGAGGAAUUAAUCUCAUAGGAAUGUGGGGAAAAUACCUUAGUUGGGAUGUCUAGAAAAUACUUUGAUUUUUUUAAAAGUGCUACACACUGCCAGUGCUAAGAAUUUUAUUGAUGGUAACUUUGAACAUUCCAAGAUUUCAAUAUUCAUGUCUUUAGAUACCAUUUACAAACUUAUGAGAUUAAAUUCUGUAAAUUGAUUUUAAUUGGAAGUACUAGGUGCUCUUUGUCUGAAUGUUAUUUGAUCUUAGCCUAUAAUUUCAAUCAUUUAAAAGCUUAUUUACAGAAAAAGGUUAGGAGAGCUGAUGAAGUGUUUGUCAAUAAACUGUUUUCUCGAGUAUGUCUUAUGGCAGAAGCACAGAGUAAGAUGCCCUCCAAAGCAACCACGACUCUCCUCUCAAGCUAUAUGCUCUAGAAAAAAUUGACAGAGAAAAGUCCAAACAGCCACUUUCCUCACUGGGAGGACAGAGAUGAGAAUAAAAUGUUUUCUGAUAUCACAACUCAUUUCUUUAGAAUCUCACAGGUUUCUAUAGUAAGAGGCAAAUUAAAUGCACAGGUGUAGAAAUGAACUGUUAGUUUUUGGAGGGAAAACUUUGAUCUUUUUCUCUGUUUUAAGAUAAUUAGAUGUCCUGGAAGUGGCAUAUUUGUUUUUCCACAGUCUCCAUGAUUUAGUGCUGGUGAGUCAGUUGUUACUUUUUUCUUGCCUUGUGGAAGAGCAUGGACAUUGAGAUUUGUGAGACUACGAAGGGGCAAAUGUGUUAUACACUAGAUGCUGGUUAUUUCUGUAUCUUAAAACUUUGUCCCAUAAAUCUGAUAGAGGAGGAAAUAUUUCAAACAUAAGGGUCUUCAUAGUAGGGAAAAAGUGCAAACUCACCACAUGCUUGUUCAGUUUUGAGAAAUGUGGGGCUUAUGUAUUUCCCUCCCGUGUAGCAUCUCUGUGGAGUCUGGGUUAGGCGACCACAGUACGUGAGCUUUCAGUGGGUUUAUUAGCAUUACAGUUUUCUUAACUAUUUAAAAUCUAGGGAUCAUUUGGAAAUGAAUAACUAAACUCAAGGUGGGGUUAGAAGAGAUAAGAUUUACCCAUUCUCUACUAAGAAAAGGGGAAUUACUAUGUUAAUAUACAUUUUCUAAAAACGAAAAGGUUCUUUGUUUCAUUAAUUCUAGAGGGUUAAAAACAGCUGAAAUUUGUCCAUAGCAUUAGAUAUCUUUAAUAGAGAAUAUUAUUCAUGUGAGAAAUAUAUACAAAAAUAGUAGAACACAGGCCAUAUUUUCUACGAAAGACAUUUCUUCCUCAUUUUCAAUACACGCAGAAGUUAGAGGAGGGGAAAAAACAAUUACUCUAAGACAAAUUUUCAUCUUUAAGGGACAUUUAUGAAAAGAUUGAAAUUAAUACUCAUGGGCUAUUGUGUUUCCUAUUGGCCUAUUUGCUGGGAGAUUCUAAACUGUGGUCAGAUUCUGUUUUUAUUCAGAUGAACAAGAUUAACUGCUUAUUCAGCUAACUGUUAUUUUGGAUAGUGAGGAUGGCUGAAGAAAUGGAAGAGUGCAAAUGAAUUUACUAGCUGAGGAAUAGCUAGAGUAAGAGUUACAUCAAUGCCCGACUUCCGUCAAGAAAUGAAGCCACAUCUUGGAGUAUUAUGGGGACUGUUACUAUGAUCUCAAAGACUGUGGUUAUGAAUUUGAAGGUAACAAAACAUACAUCUUCUCUUUCUAACUUAAGCCAUAUAUGUCAUCUCUAUGAUUGAUUUUUUUUGACCCCGGUGCUUUUACUUCUGUUUCUGCCAGACUUUGGCCUACUCUAUGGGGAAGGUGAGUAAGUAAAAAUAGUAGUUAGGACAAAUGUGAAGACUGUGAAAAAACUAAACGUGUUCUUCAGAACGAGAUCCUAGUCAGAGAACAGUAGUGAUCAGAGUGCAAACUGUUGGAAAAUAUGGAUAUAUGUACAUCUGUACAUGUAUAUAGUGUAUAAUAUGUAUGUAUAUGUUAUUGCUCAUAUGCAGAAAUCUAUCCAUUUGAAGACAGCCCAGGUGGAUCAGUUUUCUAGUUGAAAACCAUUUAGGGCCAUUCAAAACCAUUAGGGCUGAUGGGUAGAGUUAGAGUCUACUCACUAGGGAUUUAUUUGCUAUCUUUUGAAGCUACAAAGCCAAACGAACAAAGCUUGGAACAUAAUGGGACCAUCAUUGAGGUUAUUGUUUGCCUGGAGUCAGAAGAAUCUUUAUAUUUGAAUAUGUGACAGUUGGUUUGCAAAUCUUAUUGGCACCUCUUGGUUUUGAGUGAUUCCUCCCCACCAAGUCUUUUGAGAGUCUGGGGGUGGGCUUCUCUGGCCAUUCAGAUAAAGGGCCUUAUCCAUAAGUGGACAGGUUUCCCCAUAGGGACCAUUACACAUAUACAUAUAAGUACAUACUUCCAUCAGGCUUGUAACAAUUGAUUUAAAAUCACUCCACAGUAUUGAUAAAUAGCUCUAUAUUUUCAAGGUGCAGAAGAAUUCCACAGCCUUAAUUAUUUCAGUGUCUUGCUGGUCUGCCUUAAGUGUAUCUUCUGGGUUUUUGGUUGUUUCAUUAUUUUUAAAGUUUUCUGCAGUUGUUCAUUUUGUAUGCACACAAUGUCGUUUUGUAAAGGUAGGUUGUAAAUAUUUUAUUUGUAAGUCAAAAUCACUCAUGUGUAAUGUUGUAAAGUGAUGACUUGCUGUCUUGUUAUUAUCAUUACAGUAAAUGUUCUAAGUUAUGGAUGAAGCUUCAAAAUGUACAUCUCAAGUUAUGCAUUCCUAUAAAUAUACUAUAUUAAAGAUUA